AUGUUUAAUCUUGCUCCAACAACACCAAGUAAUACAAGUCUAUUCGGACAAACAACACCGAUAAAUCAAACUCGAACGGGUAGUGGAUUUUUAUUUGGUAAUACAACAACAACACAACCUAAUACACUUACAUCAACACCAUUUUCUUCGACAAGUUUAUUUGGGGCAGCAACGCCUGCUUCUACAAGUCUUUCAGUUCCAUCUACUGGAACAGGUACAAUUCAUAAAUUCGAUGCUGCUGCUGGUAUCGAUAAAAUUAAUAAAAAUGGCAUUCAAGUACAAAUUCGUACAAAAAUUUUUAAUUUAUGCGCUAUGCCAGUCUAUGAAAAGAAAUCCAUGGAGGAACUUCGUUUAGAAGAUUAUAUAGAAAAUCGAAAAUUUCCAGCAGCAAAUACAGGUUUAUUUCCAUCGACAUCAUCUACAACACCUUUAUUUGGUGGAACAUCGACAACAAUAAAUCCAACCACAACUACAUCAAACAUUUUUGGUGGAAGUACAACAACAUCAGCAUCAACAUUGACAUCGUCUUUAUUUGGAAAUAAGCCAGCGGUAGCAACAGCACCAACAUUAUCAUUUUCGUUUGGUUCAACACCCGCUACAACGGCAGCCUCAGCAUCACCAUUUUCAUUUGGUUCAUCAAUAACAACUGCAACAAAUCCGAUUGCACCUUUUGGUAGUUCAAUGCCUGCUAGUGCACCUGCUACCUCAAUAUCACCAUUUUCAUUCGGAAGUAGUCAACCUCAAGCAGCAGCUACAACGACAACUGCACCUGCAUUCAGUUUUGGUGGUAAUACUUCAUUGUUUCCUACUGCUCCUGCAACAACAGCAGCAGGUUCUUCAUUUGGUUUUGCAGUUUCUAAACCAGCAACUUCAGGUACAUUUUCAUUUGCUACAACGUCGACAACACCAUCAUUCAGUCUUUUUUCAACAACUACAACAGCUCCAACUGCUGCUCCUACAAUGUUUACAACAAUGAAUCAACCAACAACAACAUCAACUGUAAUGAAUACUCAAUCAUCUAUUGAUACAAAAACUCAUCUACAGUUAUUUCAAACAAUGCUUAAUAUACAACCAUUCAAUAGUGAACUUGCCUUUCUUGCACGAAAUAUAAAACCUAAUAUUGGUCUUGAUCGAAGUCGUCUUCGUACUGCACCUGAUUCAAGUAAUGGUCAUCCAUUAAACAAUGUAUUUUCUCCUCUACUUACAAAACCAUCUGUUCUUACAUCAAGUACAUCAACACCUCCAUCAACAUUAGUUAAUCCAUUAUCAACUCAUUCUCAUACAUUACCAUCUGUUUUAUUACCAUCAUCAACAACAAAUGCAUCGAUGGCCAUAUUUGGUAAACGAAAAUUAGCUGAUUCAUUUCUUGAUGAUGAUGAUGACAAUUCAUUAAUGAUGGAUGAUGGACCAUCAUCAUCAAUUAAUAAACUACCUAAAACACAUGUUAUCAAACGACCACGUGUACUUGAUAUGAAUAAAAUUCGUUCAGUUGUUCUUGGAGGAGGAGGAGGCGGAGCAAAUAAUGAAGUAUUAACAAAAGAAGAAAAUUUAUCGGAUACAUAUGUUGUCAAACCAACAUCAGAUAAUUUAUCUAGUUGGAAAAAAUUUGCAACAUAUGAUGCAUAUUUAGCAUCAAAAAAACCAGCAAUUGAAAAUAUACAAAUCUCUGAAGAUAAUAAACAAAUACAACGAAAUGAAAAUAAAUUUGAACAAGAACGAGCUUUUCGUUUACCUAAAUUAACACAUGAUGAUUAUUAUACACAACCAACAAUUGAUGAAUUACGUCAUUAUUUUAAUGAACAAGGACAAUGUUUUGUAAAAGAAUUUACAGUUGGAAGAGAACAUUAUGGUUCUGUUACAUUUCAAGGUUCAAAAAUAAAUUUAGCUGGUCUUGAUCUCAAUCAAUUAAUUGAAAUUGGUCGUAGACAAGUAACUGUUUAUCCCAAUGAUAAUAAUAAACCAGCUGAAGGUGAAGAACUCAAUUGUCAAGCAAUUAUAUCUUUAUUAGGUGUUUAUCCAAUUGAUCGUUCAAUAUCAAAUAGUGGUGAAGAAGUAACUGAUCCUGACAGAUUAAUUGAAAUGAAUUAUGGAAAUUAUUUACGUGAUAUGACAAAAAAAUUUCAUGGAAAAUUUCUUGAUUAUGAUGUUUAUACAGGAACAUGGCGAUUUAAGGUUGAGCAUUUUUGA